AUGGGACAUUAUGCAACCGUUGCAACAUGUUCGCUCAACCAGUGGGCUUUAGAUUUCGAAGGGAAUUUGAAAAGAAUACUUGAAAGUAUUAAAAUUGCUAAAGAGAGAGGAGCAAAGUUACGUGUGGGCCCGGAACUUGAGAUAACUGGUUAUGGAUGUUUUGACCAUUUUCUUGAAGGAGAUACUUAUUUACAUUCUUGGGAGGUUUUGGGUAAAAUUCUGGAAUCUGAUGAUACCAAAGAUAUUUUGCUUGACAUUGGCAUGCCAGUCGCUCACAAAAACGUAAAAUACAAUUGUCGAGUGAUCAUUCUCAAUGGGAAAAUUCUAUUAAUCCGUCCAAAGAUGUAUCUAGCUAAUGAUGGUAAUUAUCGUGAGCUCCGAUAUUUUGUGCCUUGGUCUGCGGCGCGACAUGUUGAAGAAUAUUAUUUGCCGAGGAUGAUUAGGAAUAUAACUGGUCAGUCCAAAGUUCCGAUUGGCGAUGCUGUGAUUUCCACUAUUGAUACCUGUGUCGGCAUUGAAUUGUGCGAAGAAUUGUUUACUCCUAAUAGCAGUGGAAGCCAUCAUGAAUUAAGAAAAUUGUAUAGAAGAAUAGAAUUGAUCAAGGAGGCGACACUCAAGAACGGUGGAAUAUAUCUUUAUUCGAAUCAGCAAGGAUGCGACGGUGAUCGACUAUACUAUGAUGGAUGUUCUUUGAUUGCGAUGAAUGGGCAAAUUGUAGCGCAGGGAUCUCAAUUUUCGUUAAAGGAUGUUGAAGUUUUAAUUGCAACCAUUGAUAUCGAGGAUGUACGAUCACAUCGAGCUAUCAGCAGUCGUGGUAUGCAAGCGACAAAUAUUACCGCCACUCAUAAUAUGUUAUCGACACCGUCUUCAUAUCCAAGAAUCGAAGCGGAUUUUGCUUUAUCUGAUUCUGGGAAAAAUUCGAGGCUUAAAUUUAUGACGCCACCAACUAAACCGAUGGAAGAGUUUUAUCAUACACCAGAACAAGAGAUUACAUUGGGUCCUGCUUGUUGGCUCUGGGACUAUCUUCGUCGAUCAAAUAUGAGCGGAUAUUUCUUACCGCUUAGUGGAGGCAUCGAUAGUUGCUCUACAGCAGUUAUUGUUUAUUCCAUGUGUAGUCUGAUAGUUGACGCAGCUGAGAAAGGAGACGUAAGAAGAAUAGUGGGGGAAUCUGAAGACUCGAUAUACAUUCCAAGAGAUCCUAAAGAGCUAACAGCUCGGAUUUUUCAUACAUGUUAUAUGGGUACCGAAAAUUCAAGCAAAGAGACGCGUCAACGUGCGAAAAAGUUAGCGGAUUCUAUUGGGAGUUAUCACAUAGACCUAAACAUGGACGAUUUAGUGAGAGCAGUGCAUACCCUGUUCACGUUUGUCACCAAUAAGACACCAAGAUAUCGCAUACAUGGUGGAUCUAAUACGGAGAAUUUGGCAUUACAGAAUAUACAGGCUAGGCUUCGAAUGUUACUAUCAUAUCUUUUUGCACAGCUGUUACCAUGGGUACGAAAUCGAAAUGGAUCAUUGCUUGUAUUGGGAAGCGCGAACGUAGACGAAUGUCUACGAGGAUACUUUACUAAAUACGAUUGCUCCAGCGCUGACAUUUGUCCUAUUGGGAGUAUUAGUAAAAAAGAUUUACGUCGGUUUAUUGGUUACGCGAAGGAUUGUUUCGACUUGCCUAUAUUACAAGAAUUUCUCGAUGCACAGCCAACAGCAGAACUUGAACCUAUGACUAAUGAAUAUGUGCAAAGGGAUGAGCUUGAUAUGGGAAUGACGUAUGAAGAGCUCUCGAUUUUCGGACGACUACGAAAAAUCCAAAAAUGCGGUCCCUUCUCAAUGUUUACCAAGUUGGUUCAUGAGUGGGGUAACGAAUUAAGUCCUACUCAAAUAGCAGCCAAAGUAAAACGAUUUUUCUAUUAUUACGCCGUCAACCGUCACAAAAUGACUACGCUCACGCCAUCGUAUCAUGCAGAAUCGUAUAGUCCCGACGACAAUCGAUUCGAUUUACGGCCAUUCCUGUAUAAUUCUGCGUGGUCGUGGCAAUUUUCAAAGGUUGAUGCAUUGGCGCAGGAUUUGGAGGUUAAGGAAUAA